CAGUUCACGGCGGUUGUUCGGUCGGUGGGUCUAUGGACGGACAGUCUCUUUGAUCAGAUUGGUGAUUAGGCCUCGCGCUUCACAUUAAAGAGUCUCUCGCGCUUUCGGCAACUUUACUUUUUCAGAAAUGCGCCGAACUUUUUCUCUCGAGUGAUGAGUGAUGAGGGUGCUGCCUGCCACUGCUGCUUUGUGACAAGUUGCCUUUUUCGUUUCUUGCGGAUUAAUUUGCCAAUUUAGAAAAAUGCGGCUCAUGGAAUUGUCCGGGAGAAAAUCUAGUGCAAUGCAGUUUUUCUGUUACAUCGUGCUGAGCAUCUUCUCCAUAAAUUCAACGGGAGCAGCACGGAGGUCGCCGAUAAACGGCACAUGGAUAGGAAUGGGUUUAAUAAAGGACGAGAAAAUGCAAGGCGAUCAAGGACCACCAACAUGUCACACACUUCCGGGCUUGAGUCCCGGACAAAUCCGGCUCUGUCAAUUAUACAUGGACCAUAUGAAUGCAGUGGCUUUGGGGGCCCGACAAGCGCUUUCUGAAUGCAAACAUCAGUUUGAAAACCGCAGAUGGAACUGUUCUUUGCUGAAUGACGUUAACGUCUUUGGUCCAGUUAUAACAAUCGCUAGCCGCGAGUCAGCAUUUGCACACGCUCUAGCUUCAGCUGGCGUCUCUUAUUCCGUUUCGAGAGCUUGCCGAGAUGGUCAACUCGCGUCAUGUGGAUGCUCAAGAAUGGGACGACCGAAGGAUUUGCGGAAGGACUGGGUGUGGGGUGGAUGCGGCGACAAUUUGGAGUAUGGCUACAAAUUCACACAAAACUUUGUCGACGUCAGAGAGAAGGAACGGAAGUUCAAGAGAGGAUCCAAAGAACAAGGACGCAAUCUUAUGAAUCUGCACAAUAACGAAGCUGGAAGAAGAGCCGUCAUCAAGAAGUCGAAAGUUACUUGUAAAUGUCACGGAGUGUCAGGUUCUUGUUCUUUGAUAACUUGCUGGCAGCAACUCGCCACGUUUAGAGAAAUCGGCGAUUAUUUGCGAGACAAAUACGACGGGGCCACCGAGGUGCGCAUAAACCGGCGCGGGCGUCUGCAGCUCCGCGACACCCGCUUCCGAGUGCCCACCGCCUACGACCUCGUCUACAUGGAGGAUUCCCCGAAUUACUGCAUCCGCGACGAACGUGUGGGCUCCCUGGGCACCCAGGGCCGGACUUGCAACAGGACAUCUCAGGAUCUCGACGGCUGCAAUCUUUUGUGCUGCGGUCGGGGUUACAACACCCUCAAAUCGACGAUAAAAGAGCGGUGCCACUGCAAGUUCAAGUGGUGCUGUGAAGUCGAGUGCAAGACGUGUGUGCGAUCGGUGGACGUGCACACGUGCAAGUGAUUUGUACAUACAUACAAAGAAAAACGGCAAUUGUGAGUGUUUGUGGUUUUUGUCUAUGCCUAGACAUACGUAGUGGACGUUGACAGUGACUUGCUUUCAAAUGAGUCGUAUUAUUUUGUCUUAAAGAACAACGAUUCCAAGUUAUUAAUUUAUUUGUUGAUUUUUAUUUCUUUGGUUGUAUUUAGGCACACGUGUUUUUGUUGUAAAAUAAUUUUUAGUAUUUCUACGUUCAGUAUUCGUCUUUUUACGCUUUAUUUAUUUAUUAAAACAUUGUAUGUACAGAGCGAGUUCGUUAGAAAUCGCUUUUUUGACUGUUUUAAUUUUAAAGAAAAAACUUUGGUGGGUAGGUUUUAUAGGUUGAGAGUAAUUCCAUGCUAAAACGAUUAAGUACUUUUAAAACUCAUUGUUUCUGAUUUUCGUAAAUUUGAGAUAUGUUAUAGAACGUGUAAAAAUAACUGACACGUAUUUCACCGUUUUUAAUUUUUUCAAUGUAUGUUGGAAGAAUAGGGAUGUACAAAAUUAAGUAGCAAAAAGAAUUUUUAUCCAAAGAACAAAUCAACAUAUUGAAACAAUUUUUUUUUAAUAAUAGAUAUAAAUAGGAACACUACGGACGUUUCAAAAUGGACGUUUUAAAAAUGGCUGAAAAAAAUUUUUUUUGAGAGCGCUGCAUAGAGCAUGAUCUCUUAAGAUCGCCUGAAAGUAGCGUUUCCUUGGAAAUUAAAUAGAAAAAUUACCAAUCACCGUCACUAAUAAACUGUUCUAAAGAAAACACAUAAUUUCCAAUAACUUAUUAACAUUUAUUUUUGAAUAAAUAUCAAUAAAAAACAAAUCCUUCGCUGUCAGCAUUAAACAAUAAUUAAUUCUAGACUAAUUCUUUUCUUAUCCUUACACUACACCGUUAUUGGAAUAAAAGUAUGUAGAUUUCGCGUACUCUUUAUGGGCUUCUCUCGACUAAAACGAUCACAAUGUUUUUCAAAUUGUUUAUUAGAUAUACAGGGUGAGCCAGAACUCGCGCCCCAGAGAAAAAUUUCAAGUAAAAUAAGAUACCAGGAACAUGGAAAAAAUGUUUA